CCUUUACCCCAGAUUGGCAUGUGAUGUAGCCUGGUCACCGAGGAGCUUAAAGAUGUUUGUCGCCUUUCCUGGGGCUUGUAAGUGUCAGACCUUCGCAUUUCAUCCAUCCUAGAGGCAGAGUAACACACAUACUCCCCACAAUGACGAACCGUACUACCAUUGGCCUCGCAAAAGGUCCCAGCUCAGGGCCUCUGACAGACGCACAAUGGCAGGUUUUGAUGGCUAUUAUGGACACUGUCAUUGCGCCUUGUCCUGAAAGCACGAUAACUGCUGGCCAAACAAAUACUCUACUCCAGAAUUGUGAUGAAUCUACACUCAAGGCCUUUCUUGACGAAACGCCUUCCAAAAUGCCACUGUUCCAAGAAAUCCUGAAGCGUCUGUUGGCCAAUCUCCAUGCCGAUAAAUUGUCUGCGAUUGGCACAAUAUGCUCCCUUCUCGGGAAUCGAGCUGGUGUCCUCCCUCUCACUGGGUACUUCACAUUAUUUUGUGAUCUGUCUAUCCAAGAUCGGACGUUAGUGCUGAAUUCUUGGCGAACGAGCUCUCUAGCUACCUUGCGUGUACUCUUCAAACAACUCUCGAUCAUUGGCAAGCAUGUCUAUCUCCGAUCAAGUUCCCUUUUCAACCAAGUCGUUGGCUUCCCAUCCACUCCAGUUGGAUGGCAUCCAGUCGAAUCGUACCCCUUCGAGUUCAUGCAGUUCAACAACUCGGAUACGCAUGUUCAACUCGAUACAGAUGUUGUUAUUGUGGGCUCAGGAUGUGGUGCAGGAGUCGUCGCAAGAACUAUUGCCAUGGCAGGCUAUCGUGUCUUGGUCGUGGAUAAAGGACAUCACUUCGAAACCUCCUCGCUGCCCCUUGAUCAAAGUGCAGGAUAUUUCCACCUUUUCGAACAGGGAGGCUUAGUAUCUUCUGAAGAUGGAUCUAUCUCUACACUUGCAGGGUCAUGCUUUGGUGGAGGCGGAACAGUCAACUGGAGUGCUUGCCUACAGCUCCAGAACACAGUGCGUGAUGAAUGGGCAGACGACAAGGGUCUUGGCUUCUUCAAAUCAGCCAAGUUCCAAGACCAUCUUGACUCGGUCUGUGAGCGCAUGGGCGUCAGCAACGAGCCUAUCAAUCACAAUCACGGCAACUCUGUUUUGCUGGAGGGUGGGCGCAGACUUGGGUACAGCGCUAAGCAGGUACCCCAGAACACGGGUCAUGGCGAGCAUCAGGACGGAUACUGCUCUAUGGGUUGCUGGAUGGGUCAGAAGCAAGGCCCAGUGAAUGGUUGGUUACCAGAUGCAGCCAAGUGCGGAGCAAAGUUCAUAUUAGGCUUUCACGUUGACAAGGUUCUUUUCCAAAAUAAGAGUGGUAAGAAAGUCGCAUAUGGCGUGACUGGCACUUGGAGACCAAGAGACGGCUCGGAUACUUCCACCAGAUUGAUAACAAUCAAGGCCAAGAAGGUUGUAGUUUCAGCUGGCAGUCUGUGUAGUCCCAUCAUCUUGAAGAACAGUGGGCUCAAUAACAAGCAUAUUGGUCGCAACCUCCAUUUACAUCCAACAUCAUUUGUGUCAGCAAUCUUUGAACAGGAGACACGGCCAUGGGAAGGCGGAAUUCUCACCUCCGUGGUAUCGAGCUUCGACAACCUUGACGGACAUGGCCAUGGCGUGAGGCUUGAGCGCCCCGCGAUGCUGCCUUCCAUGUGUCUUACAUGGCUAAACUGGAUAUCAGGGCCUGACUAUAAAGCUCUCAUAUCCAAGUACAGGCACAUGGAAGCGUACAUUGCUAUUACUCGAGAUCGUGACAGCGGCCACGUCACAGCAGACCCUAUAAAUGGCACACCUCGUUUGGUUUAUACUCCCUCCAAAUUCGACGCGAGUUCCAAUUUGAAAGGCAUGCUUGCCUUGGCAAAGAUCCUCUAUACCCAAGGUGCCUUGGAGAUACACCCUGUCCUGCCCGGUCUUGAACCAUUUAUACGUGAGCAAGAGAGUUUGUCGAAUGGUGCCCACAGCCCCUCAGAGGCCACAGAUCUGAAGUUUUCGCAGUGGCUGAAGAAAAUGGAAGUUCAUGGGAACAAGACACCAGAUACACCUUAUGGCUCUGCUCAUCAGAUGAGCACGUGUCGAAUGAGCACCAGAGAAGCCGAUGGAGUUGUGGAUGAGUUUGGAAGGGUUUGGGGCUGUGAGAAUUUGAUUGUUGCAGAUGCAAGUGUCUUUCCUAGUGCGAGUGGUGUUAACCCGAUGGUCACUACCAUGGCGAUCUGUGAACACAUUGGCUUGGCCAUGUCAAAAGAGUUGGCUCGGGAUACUCGGGAGCGCCCUAGGUUGUAGUUAACCGAUAUCUUUACGUGAGAUACUUGCUGUCUAAUGGUACAUAGCGUUAGUUCUGCUCAGAAAUACAAUGCUGAAUCUUAC